AUGUCGCCUCAACCCGACCAAUUCCACGGCUGGGUCUCGCAUUCGCCCACCGAGCCCCUCACCUUCACCACAUUCGCAGCCAAACCCUUCGACCCCACCGACCUCGAAAUCCAAGUCACUCACUGCGGGAUCUGCGGCACGGAUGUGCACACCCUCCGCUCGGGCUGGGGACCGUCCGACUACCCCUGCGUCGUGGGCCACGAGAUUGUCGGCACCAUCACGCGCCUCGGGGCCUCGGUGCCCUCUCUCCCGCCGCCAUACUCGGCCUUCCAGAUCGGCGACCGCGUGGGCGUCGGCGCGCAGAUCCUGGCGUGUCUGCGCGCCGACUGCGACGCCUGCAGCACGAACCAAGAGAACUACUGCCCGCGCAUCACCGGCACCUACAACGACCGCUUCUGGGACUCGACGACCUUCCAGCAGAAGACCGCCGUCAAGACCAUGGGCGGGUUCGCGCGCACCUGGCGCGGGCCGGCACAGUUUGUGUUCCGGAUCCCCGAGGGGUUGUCCUCGGCGCAUGCGGCGCCGCUGCUCUGCGCGGGGGCGACCGUCUUCACGCCGCUGAGGAAGUACGGUGCAGGCGCGGGGAAGAGCGUCGGCGUCGUGGGCAUCGGCGGGCUGGGCCACCUGGGGGUGCUGUUUGCGAAGGCCAUGGGCUGUGAGCGGGUGGUCGCGAUCUCGCGGUCCUCGGCCAAGAGGCAGGAUGCGGUCGAGGGGCUCGGCGCGGAUGCGUUCAUCGCCACGGGCGAGGAGGAGAGCUGGGCUAAGAAGUACGAGAGGACCCUGGAUUUGAUUAUCUGUACGGUGGACGGGGAUGACAUGCCGCUGGCGCGGUAUCUGAGGCUGCUGCGGGUCGGGGGCACGUUCGUCCAGGUGGGUGCUCCUGAGAAACCUUUGCCCCAGUUGCCGGCUUGGUCGUUCAUUCAGAAGGGCAUCAAGUUGGCCGGGUCGAAUAUCGGGUCACGCGAGGAUAUCCGGGCCAUGCUGGAGUUGGCGGCGCAGAAGAACGUGUUGCCUUGGAUUGAGAAGCGGCCAAUGGAAGAGGUGAAUGUCGCGUUGAGAGAUAUGGAUGCCGGGAGAGCGAGGUAUAGGUAUGUGUUGGAAAAUGGAGAGCCAGAUAGUAAAUUGUAG